AUGCGAAGUGUGCAUCAAAUUUUUGUUCCCCAAAUAUUGGAUAUAUCAUUGUCAACUCUGCAGAUAUAUUGUCCACAUCAAGUGCGCCUUCAACAAGCCGUCUCACACCAUUAAAAAUGAUGGAGAUGCAAAAGACAUUAUCUAUCUUCCGACUAAUUAUAAGUUCCUUCAUCACCAACAUCAACUCACUUUAGUCUCGUCAGUACCUCAUGACGAUCAAAACAAAGAAGAGGAAGAAGACGACGAGGAGAACUAUGGUAAAAGAAUAGAGUUAAUAUGUGAUGGGUGCAUUACUCCUAUAUAUUACUAUAUGAGUUGCAGUGAAUGCAAAUACAAUCUUCACAUGCCGUGCUUUCACUUGCCACCUCACAUCUCCUCUCUUCCAGUCCACGAAGAUGAUCACAGGCUACUUCUUCAAUAUUCUAACACACUUACACCUUGGAAAUACGGAAUUUGCAGUGUCUGCAAGUAUGAUAUGAAUGGGCUGUUCUAUACUUGUGUUAGUUGCAACUUCAAAGGUUGCAACUUCGAAGAAUGUAUCAAGUGUGCUUGUAUGCCGGAUACCAUACAUCACGCAGCUCACCCGCAACAUCUCCUCAAGUUUGUGACUAAAUCUCAUCUGCACAGUGAUGAUUACUCAAACUUGGUUGUAUCCUCGCUGUGUGCAGCUAGUUGUGAUGAGCCUGCAUGCUUUUAUGAUUGCUACAGCUGCAGCAGAAACUCAUGUGAUUUCAUUGUGCACCUUAAAUGCGUUUUGGUGCCGGCAUCAGUCACCAGCUCUAGAUGGGACAAGCACCACCAGCUUCCGUUGACGUACAACGCCACUCUCGACCGUCCCGGUGAUUUCUACUGCGACCAAUGUGAAACGCAGAUGAAUCCCAAAAGAUGGAUGUAUCAUUGCCACCACUGCGAUAUAUCAUUCCAUCCGGAUUGCUUCAAAACUACUUCCGGCGAGUGGAGAAACAUCAAGCUGCGGCAGGAGUACGAGAACGACGAAGCUCACCCACACACUCUCACCUUUCAACUUCUCACCACAAAACGCCGCUGCGACAUUUGUGGUGAGGAUAGGCAUGAACAAGAAGGAUUCCACUGUGCGUCGUGCAACUUCUUCGUUUGUCUCAAAAACUGCGGUAAAGAAUGUGUUAGGAAUUCUUGUAUUCAUCUAAUGAGCGCAGCGGAAAUUGCAGACAAGAAUAACAGAUCUAGAUUCAUAAUCAUAUUGCAAUUUCCCUUGUUGCUAGCUAUGGAGGAUGAUGAGAAUAAUAUAUUCUUCGAUUCCCAAAACUUCAACCCUUCCCAAAAUGUUAACCCUUCUCAAGAUUAUUUCCCUAGCUUUGAUAAUUUUCCGAAUUCUGAGCAAUUUCAAUGA